AUGAAACAAGAAAUGGCGGCAUGCCGAAGCACAGCCAAUGCAGUCUACGCCGAUGCGGCCGCCCUGCACAGUCUUCCAGCUAACCGAACAGCCCGUGAAGCAACUUACGAAAGUGGUGGCCGUUGCGGUUCAUGCUGUCUACCCGGCCCACCUGGUAAUGAAGGCCGCCCUGGCCGGCCAGGAGCACCAGGAGCGCCAGGAAUGCCUGGGAGACCAGGAAACCCAGGGCGGCCGCCCCAGGCACCAUGUGAACCGAUCACACCGCCACCGUGCCCGCCAUGCCCGCCGGGACUUCCAGGGCCACCUGGACCACCAGGACCACCAGGUAACCCUGGACCCGUAGGAGAUCCAGGAGCUCCUGGAGAACUUGGUGAAACUGGACCACCAGGCGACAAAGGUCCACCUGGAAUGCCUGGACUCAUGGGAAGGCCAGGUGAUAGUGGUGCACCCGGAACAGAUGCACCACCCGGGCAGCCAAUCCCUGGACCACAAGGGCCACCUGGGCCACCCGGACCACCAGGCUUUCAAGGACCACCAGGACAAAACGGACAGGAUGGUGCACCAGGAGAAGACGGACCCAAAGGACCAACUGGACCACCAGGUGAACCGGGAGCACCUGGACAACCAGGAACCGACGGAAAACCGGGUGAGCCUGGUAAAAACGGCGAGCCUGGCAUAUGUCCCAAGUACUGCUCACUCGAUGGCGGUGUUUUCUUUGAUGAUGCUUGA